AUGUAUAGUGAUCAAUGUGGAGGGCAGAACAGAAACAUUAAAAUUGCUGCCAUUUGUAAUUUUGUAACAAGUUCCAACCAAUAUAAUAUUGAACAAAUUGACCAGAAAUUUUUAGUGUCCGGUAACUCAUACUUACCGUGCGAUAGAGAUUUUGGGGUCAUUGAAAGAGAAAAACGAUAUCAUGAAAAUAUUUACAUACCCGAUGAUUGGGUGAAAGUCAUAGCAUCUGCAAAGAAGAAACAUCCUAAAUUUCAGAACAUUGAAUUGGAUUUGCUAUAUCCUGAAGGACAAACAAUAGAAAAAAAUAAAAUGAAAGAUUUGCAGUCUCUGUUUCCAUACAUUCCAGAAAUUCAUCAUUCAUUUUAUAAUUUAAAGACCAAUGAGGGUGCCGUAGAUAAUGAUGUCGACUGUGCUUUAGAUGACGAAGUCUUGGAGGCAGUGCCAGAAACCUAA